AUGAAGGUCACCAACGUCCUCUCCUCUCUGUUGGGAGUUGGUCUCCUUUCCGCCGACGUUGUCUUGGCCAAGGAUAGACGCCGUGUUGGUGUCGAGAUCAAGAGCCCUCUCAAAGGCGUCAACUUCCAGCGUAUCAAGGCCUUUCGUGAGGCUGCCCCAGAUGAGGUCUCUGGCCGCACCGAGAAAUUAAAGCCGUUUCAUGGCAGAAUCACCGGCCACAACGCCGCCACGGCAUUGGGCGCGGCCCAACCUCGAGAUCUCUCUUCCAGCUACCAGAACAUCACAGCCCUAUCUCCUUGGGGUACUCAAUAUGCUGUCGAGGUUACCUGGGAUGGCAAGCUCAUCAACAUGAUCUUCGACACUGGCAGCAGCGACACCUGGGCCACCAGUUCCAAUCUGACCUGCACCAACCUGUCAGGCACUGCUGUCUAUUCCCCUGAAUCUUGCGGCUUUGGACCAGACAAGAUUGACGAGUUCAAAUAUGGCCCCGUCGAGGAUGUCCACUUCGCCUUGAGCUACGGUUCUGGCGAGCGAGUGUCUGGCCCUAUGGGUUACAGUGACAUCGAGGUGGCCGGUAUCGUCGUCAAACAACAGCAAGUCGGCUUGGCCAACAAGACGUACUGGAUGGGCAACAACUACACCAACGGUGUUCUCGGUCUUGCCUAUCCCUCCAUCACCAGCGCUUUCACUGGCGACAUGAAUGAGGAUCGCCCUGCUUUCCAGGUCCCAUACUCGCCCUUCUUCACCAGCAUGGUUCAGCAAGGACUCUCUUCAGAUGCCUUCAGCGUCUCUCUCGUCCGCAAUUCGUCUGGCGUGAUUGGAUGGGGUGGUCGCACUGGUCUGCCAAUCACUAGCCCUACGGCCUACACCGAUCUCAUCAUUACUAGCAUCAACUCACAGCGUCCCGACGGUAGCUGGCAAUACUCCUACUACACUAUCCUCGUCGAUGGCUUGCGUUGGGGAUCCACGAGCGACACCAAGAAGUACCUCUACAUUGUCGACACUGGCACGACGCUCAUGUACGUGCCUCCGCCCACAGCUGAGGCUAUUGCCAGAUCUUUCUCCCCCAGCGCCAUCUACUUGUUCCAGUAUGGUGGAUACUUUGCCCCUUGCGAUGCUAUUGCUCCCAAGAUAGCUGUCAUCAUCGAAGGCGCGAGCUUCUUCAUCAACCCCGUUGAUCUCAUCUAUCACGGGCUGGUGGAUCCUCUCACGGGCUACUGCCAGGUUGGAAUCACUACCGGUGGCACGGGUCCCUACAUCCUGGGCUCAGUCUUCCUUCACAAUGUCGAGGCCUACUUUGACGUUGGCGCUGGCCAGGUUCGCUUUUACGGUCGCGAAACCUACGGUGCCACCCCUCAGCUUCCCGAGAAGUAA